GGCUCCAUCCAGCAGCUGCUGCUGAAGUCAGACGCCACCGCUCCAGAUGACCAGUGUGAAGAGGAUGAUCCUUAUGCCUCUGGUUAUGGGAGCGGAGAGGAAGACUAUGGUGACCGAAACGAAAUAGAAGAAGUGAAGAAGAUUGUGGAGGAGAGAGAAUAUACAAUGCCCCUCCCAGAGCUGGACCCCACAUACAGUGGCCCGGUUCGAGCUCCGCCUACUGAGGUGCCACUCAGUGAUGAUGAAGACAUGGAGGAGUCCUCUGGACAAGACUUUGAGACGACCAUAAACAAAGUGAGAUCAUUUCCAACAAGAGCCCCCGCCUUCGAGCCUGACUCUGUCAUUGGAGGACAAAAAGGUGAACGAGGAGAACCAGGYCCAGCUGGCCCCCCAGGAGCCCCUGGCUCUCCAGGAAAAGCCUCAGAUGCAAGAGGGGAACCUGGACCGAAAGGUCCUCAGGGAGCACAAGGAUACCAGGGGGUCCCUGGACGUCCUGGAACACCUGGACAACCUGGAAGUAAAGGUGAACUUGGUUCCCCAGGACCUACAGGAUUCCCUGGAGAACAAGGAGAACCUGGUCCUAAGGGAGAAAAGGGUGAUCCUGGUGUUGGACGACCUGGUCCUCCUGGCCCUCCUGGCCCUCCUGGUCCUCCUAACAAGUCCUCUGUGGCCCUGCUGGAGGGGUCUGGAUUYGAAGACUUCGACAAUGAUGCAGAAAUUAUCAGGGGACCCCCGGGUCCUCCAGGCCCGCCAGGACUGCCUGGACCCCCAGGAACCCCAUCUGCAGACGUUGCUCUAGGACCUCCUGGGGCUCCUGGAAAAGAUGGGAAGGACGGCAAGAAGGGUGAACCAGGACUUCCUGGAGUAGAUGGAGGGGAUGGAGAUCCAGGACCUGCUGGGGAAAAAGGAGACAAGGGGGAGCCUGGUGUGAGUGGGCAGCCAGGACCAAAGGGAGAUCUGGGCCCACCAGGGUUUCCAGGCCUGCCAGGUUCACCUGGUCCCGAGGGACAGCCUGGUCCAAGAGGUCUACCUGGACCUCCUGGGCCACCAGGACCUGUAGGAAGAGGCUUUGACAGGACAUUUGAGGACCUGGAAGGAUCUGGGAUGCUAGGUGAUUUUGAGUCYAUCCCUAUUCCACAGGGCCCUCCAGGAAUCCGUGGACCUCAAGGACCCAAGGGUAAAGRUGGUUUAGAUGGCAUCCCAGGACCACCGGGCCAAAAGGGGGAGCCAGGUGUUAGAGGACCACCAGGGAUUCCUGGGUUUGAAGGACUAAAAGGAGCAGAGGGUCAAAAAGGGGACAAAGGUGAUCCAGGACAAAAGGGACAAGCCGGACGAGAUGGGCUCAGUCUGCCUGGUCUUCCAGGACCACCUGGACCACCGGGUCCUGUUACCAACCUUCGGGAUAUGCUGCUUAAUAGUACAGAUGGUGCUUUCAACUUCUCAGGGAUAUUUGAAGCUCAGGGAUUUGCUGGACCACAGGGUCCAAAGGGGGACAUCGGGUUGCCAGGUUUACAAGGACCUCAAGGACUGAAAGGUGAAAAGGGUGAGCCAGCUUCUGUCAUCGCAGCAGAUGGUUCCUUAAUGUUUGACAUGGCUGGGUCCACCAUGCCCAAAGGAAUUAAGGGAGAUAGGGGUGUUACCGGACCACCUGGAAUUACAGGACCAAUUGGACCACCAGGAAUCAAAGGAGAAAUUGGCAUCCCUGGACGACCCGGCCRUUCGGGUCUGAUAGGACCUAAAGGAGAGAAAGGGGACCCUCAAGGCCGUCCAGGACCUCCUGGACCUCCYGGACCCCCAGGUCGCCCAGGAGUUUUCAACUGCCCCAAAGGAAAGGYGAUUGCAAAAUAUUCCUGCAUGAUGCAUGCCAUCCCUGGGAUGGUGAAGGCCCAGUGCAAAGAAAUAACUGAGCCCAACUCUGGAGGAACAAUUGCAACAGGUUACUGCCAGCAAGGACCAAAAGGAGAAAAGGGGGACACGGGUCCCCCAGGAUUACCAGCUCCUCCAAGCACAUAUCUCUCAAAAGGAACCUGG